UUUCCAUCUAGACUAGCUAGCUAACGUGUUUAAUAUGACAUAUUACUAACGUGCUAAUAUAGACGAUACCAGUGGCUUUAGCAAUGAUUAAAAAAAGACGAUUCACGAAAAAUCCGAAAUUAAUAUUUAAACCGAAUUUCAUUUAGCGAGUCUAAAUGUAGCUAGAUUAACUAGCCAUGGAAUCUUUCGAGAGAUAAACUCUAACGUUACCCCAGUAGAAUAACGUUGAGUUAACUAACGUUGUGGCUAGAAACUCGCUGAAAAUGGACGCGCUUCACAACUUUCCAGAGGACGAGAGGGUUGAAAAGGUCACUUUGGAUCAGGAUCCACCUUACAUGGAAAUAAGGACAACAGUAGACGGUCCCCCGAAUGCUGGCUGGAAGGAGACUGGUCCAUUGUCCAAGUGGUCCUCAGCCCAGAAAGUGGAGCCGAGCUAUGGCUUGAGCUUGCCUUUGGGAGAAGACUAUGAGAAGAAGAAGCAGAGGUUGCAACAAGAGCUACGUCUGGAUUACAGACGCUACAUGGCUCAGGAACAAAAUCAUGGGGGAAGAAAGAAAAAGGACAUGAAGAGUGUUGAGUCAGGCUCUCAGGCGCUGUCUCUGCCUAUCGCCGAGAGGAGAUCUGCGAAGGACAGAUUAAGAAAUGAGAGAAACGAGGAGUACAAUCAGUUUCUUAGAGGACAAAGGCAGGGAAGAUUCACGCAAAACUCAGGUUUACAGCAGGAGCAGCACAGGCCUGGAGAGCACCAUACUAUCCCCAGAGCUCGUCCAGAAGUCCCCAAACUCCCGCCUGUCCACAGCGCCCCCGCGCCCCGCGAGCGCCUCCCGUCCAGGAGAGACGCGGCCACCCUGACGGAGACCGGGAUGGGGACGCAGACCCGGCAGAGGCGGGGUCGCAGGCGCUGGGGGGAGGGGCCGGACCCCCCGGGCAGGAGGGUGGAUUACGACUCGCAGCAGGACUACUCUGAAGACGAGCUGGACUUUGUGGACAGAAGGCCCAGACGGGUCAGGGAGCCUGAGUACACCGAGAGGAGGGGGCACCGGCUGUACCACAGGCCUGACCGAGAAGUGCCAAGACUAAGAGAGAGAGUGGUUGAUGACUCUGAUGAUUACCCUGAAAUGGGUCAUUAUGUCCAAAGACCAAGGAAUGACAGAGUUCACUGGGAGAGGAGGAAGCUGGAGACCCCUCCCGUGUACGAGGAUGACUAUAGGGAGAAGAUCCAAAGGACACUGUCAGCUGCACCCAAUCCAAAGCUGCAGAAUCUGCAACCAGCACAGCCGAGCGAAAGAGCCAGAUCGGUCAGCACCAAGGACAGAGCCGAGUUUGCCACGGGACUGAUGAUCGGAGCUGCGGACGCAGACCUGGCUGCGCAGGCGAGGAAGGAGAGGUACAGGCGGGAGCUGCUGGAGCAAAUGGCCGAACAGCAGAAGAACAAGAGGAAGGAAAAGGAACUGGAGCUCAGAGUUGCUGCCACUGGAGCCAUUGACCCAGAGAAAAUGGUAUCUUCUAGAAGGCAGGAUGAUUUUCGAAGAGUCAGAAUAGAGCAAAACCAGGAUCAGCCAGAUCGAAUCAAACAAUUUGGGGCGGUGACCCGCGAGUACGAAGGCAAGAGGCGGGACGUCCCGUACCGGCCGGGGCGGGGCCUGGACGCGCUGGGGUCCGAGUCGGAGAGGCGGCGGCGCGAGGAGAGGCCCCCCGCCGACGCGGAGGACGGGGGGCCCCCCGAGAAGCCGCGCGUGGCCUUCCAGGCCCCCGUGCCCAGCUACGGCAGCCUGGCGGGCAGCGGGGCCGCGGGGCAGGGCGGGGCCGCUCCUCCCAACCCAGACUUCCACAGGAGUCUGUCUGGCACACUGGGGGAGAUCAUCACACCCAGAAUCACAGGUGUCCCGCCUCCCCCUGCACCCACGCUGGCAGACGCCUACAGAACUCCGUAUGAUGAGGCCUAUUACUACUACGGAGCCAGAAACCCUCUGGACCCCAGCCUGGCUUACUACGGGCCUGCAGCGGGGGGACUGCCUCCCGGAGCCUUCCGCAGCCAGCCGCCGGGGGCCCCGCAGUCGCAACGGACCAGCCAGACAGGUGCUGCGCCCACUGGAGCUGGAGUCGGAGUCUUCCCGACAGAGAGGCCCAAACAGACGAAAGAAAGCAUGCUCAGCUAUCAGGAGGCGCUCAAAAAACAGAUGCAAGAAAGACAGGAGAGAAAAAAACAGGAGAAGGAAGAGAAGGAGCGCUUCGAGGCCCAGCUGGAGGUUGAGAUGAGAGCCUACAACCCCUGGGGGAAGGGUGGAGGUGGCGCACCCCUCCGAGACAGCCGGGGGAACCUCAUCACGGAUCUGAAUCAAAUGCACAAGGUGAACGAGGAGGCCUACUUGAACCCCGACUCCCGAGGCAAGAAGGCGGGGUCCGUCGGCAGGAGCCUCCAGGCGCCCAGGGGGGAAGACCGAGCGCCCUCUCCCCACAGGAUAUCAGGGUUUUCCUAUGCCCAGGCCCCUGCUUUUCCUCGGGGCAAUGCUUCUGCGGACCUACCAACACCGCAGCAGAUUCACGAACAGGACAAGUACAGGGACUACCUGAAGCAGCAGAUUGAGGAGAAGCGGCAGAAGGAGGCGGAGGAGCGGGAGCGCUUCCGGCUGGAGGAGGAGAGGGAGGAGAAGAGGCUGGCGGAGCAGAGGGCUCGGAUACAGAGGGAGUACGAGGAGGAGCAGGAGAGGAAGAGGUCCAAGGAGAGGGAGCAAAACGCCCAGAACGAGGAGCAGAUCCGGCUGCUGAAGGAGCGGCGCAAGGAGGAGGAGCGGAAGAAGCGCGAGGAGGAGGAGAGGGAGAACGACCUCCUGAGGCAGCAGACCGAGAGGGAGAAGGAGAGGGUGCAGCUGGAGGAGAUGCCUAGGGAGCCAUCUCCACCAAUCCCAGCUGUGCAGAAAAGGCUCGCCUCUCAACUCAAGUCCAGACCCCUGUCUGUGGACAGCCGGCAGUCCAGCACUACUCUGUCUGAGCGCUCCAUGUCCGUUCCGCCCUCCCCACCGGUACCGGCCCGGAAAAACCAGCUGCGAGCCGCAGUGGAGCAGCCGGGCGUGAUCGGCGAGCUGUCGGCCCUGCGCAAACAGCUGCGCAGUGAGCAGAGGCGGCUGGACAGGGAGCUGCAGCAGACUGAGAGGGGCAGGGAGAGGGAGAGGGAGGGGCUGGACAGCCCUGUCAGCACCAGGCGACGGGAGCAGGCGCAGGUGGACGUGUUCGAGAUGGCGAGGCUGCGUCUGCAGGCGCCGGUCAGGAGAAACUCCAAAAUGGCCGCCGGGCCCAUCAACCUGCAGAACAUCCGCGACUUCAACCGCCUCAAAUACCGAGACAGCGAGUCCCGCGAGGAGGUGCGGCAGACCUACCCGGACCCCCCCGUGGACGACCGCAGCCUGGAGCUGCAGCAGCAGGCCCUGCUGAGGGAGCAGCAGCGCAGGAUCAACCGCAUGAAGAGGAGGGAGGCCGCCGAGUACUUGGACCUGGCCCCUCAGGCAUACCCGACUCGUGAUGUGAGGAAGAGCUCGGCUGGGAACCUGCUGAGAGAGUCCCUGCUGGAAUCGGAGAGCGCUUUUAUCGACUCCAGCGGGGACACCUUCCCAGCGCUUACGGACCGCCAGGCCAAGCCGGGCCCCAGAGCCAGACCCCCCUCAGCCACAGAGUGGGAGAGGGCAGCCAAGAGGCCAGACUACGAGCGUGAGCGCGCCCCCUCUGAGAGCCCGGCGGGGCCCGUGGGGCUGACGGACUCGCGCUCGCUGCGGUCGGCGGACAGCCUGAGCCUGGAGCAGCUGCAGCGGUCCAACCAGCGGCGCAUGCAGAGGCUGGAGGAGGUGGGCAGCCGGGCCUCCACCGCAGGCGACGCGUACUCGGACGACGGGGACAGCUUCCAGCGGAGCGCCACCCCGCUGGACCCCGAGCGGCGCUGCUCGGUGCAGACCUUCGCCACGGAGCCCUGGAUGAGGCCCGGCACCUCCGAGUCCCUCAAGCGCUUUAUGGAAGGGAGGGGCCACAGGGAGGCCCACCGCUGGGAGGCCCCCGACUGGGAGGGCCCUUCCUCUUACCGCGGCUGAGCGUCCCCCCCCAAUAUACUGAGCACUCCUCUGCUAUUCCCCCCUCAAAAUACACUGAGCACCUCUCAGCUAUUCCACCCCACCCAAAUACACUGAGAACUCCUCUGCAAUUCCCCCUCCCAUACACUGAGCACUCCUCUACUAUUCCCCCUCCCAUACACUGAGCACUCCUUUGCUAUUCCCCCUCCCAUACACUGAGCACUCCUCUGCUAUUCCCCCUCCCAUACACUGAGUGCCCCUCUGUGCCAUUCCACCCCCUAAACACACUGAGCACUCCUCUGCUAUUCCCCCUCCCAUACACUGAGCACUCCUUUGCUAUUCCCCCUCCCAUACACUGAGUGCCCCUCUGUGCUAUUCCAGCCCCCAAACACACUGAGCACUCCUCUACUAUUCCCCCCUCCCAUACACUGAGCACUCCUUUGCUAUUCCCCCCUCAAAAUACACUGAGCACCUCUCAGCUAUUCCACCCCACCCAAAUACACUGAGCACUCCUCUGCUAUUCCCCCUCCCAUACACUGAGCACUCCUUUGCUAUUCCCUCGCACAUACACUGAGCACUCCUCUGCUAUUCCACCCCCCAAAUACACUGAGCACUCCUCUGCUAUUCCCCCUCCCAUACACUGAGCACUCCUUUGCUAUUCCCUCGCACAUACACUGAGCACUCCUCUGCUAUUCCACCCCCCAAAUACACUGAGCACCCCUCUGCUACCCCCCUGGGUGUGUGUGUGUGUGGGUGUGCGUGUGUGAGCAUGCGAGUGUGCGGGUGUGAACAUGUGUGUG